CACCUGGGCAACACGCGUCACAGCAUCAGUGACGCAGACCUGUGUAAGCUCGCCAAAAAGACAGAAAGCUACUCCCGGGGCGAUGUCAGCGUCAUCGUAUGAGAUGCCCUGAUGCAGCCUGUCAGGAAACUGCAGUCAGCCACACACUUCAAAAAGGUGCAAGGUCCAUCCAGUGCCAACAGUCAAUUGAUGGUGGAUGACCUUCUGACCCCGUGCUCGCCUGGGGACCCGGGAGCCAUAGAAUUGACCUGGAUGGAUGGGCCUAGCGACAAAAUUCCAGAGCACAUCAUCUGCAUGUCUGACAUACUGCACUCACUAUCCCCCACACGGCCCACAGUCAACACUGAGGACUUGUUCAAGAUCAGGAAGUUCACAGAGGACUUUGGACAGGAGGGCUGAAAGGUCCUGGUCACCCGGGGAGUUCACUUCUCCUUACCCUGUCUCUCCUCCUCUCAAGCCCCAUUCGUACAUCCUCCUGUCAAAUACAGUAGUGGCUACAGAAG